AUGUCAUCGAUGAGGCUGCGACCGAAACAUUUCCGAAAUAGUCUCCUGAUUGCUUCAGUCAUCAUAACUGUGCUCAUAUUGUUCGCGUCCCCGUCCAAACGAACUGUGCCCGAAGUCCAGCUCCACCCCGCGGCCCAGCGAAAGCGACAGAGGGGAAUAUCUCACGAGCCCCUCCUACUGACGCCACGAAAGAUACCGGAUUUCUGUACGGACAAGCAGAUCAAAACACUAUUCCUAGUGCACACGGCUCCUUCGCAUUUCUCGGACAGGAGCCAGCUGCGAGAGUAUUUGAAAAAGCCCCCAGACUUCGCUGUCGUCUUCGCUCUCGGCCGAACGGGCAACAGCACUCUGGAUCUACUCGUGAGCGAAGAGGCCCACCUGCACAACGAUAUGGUCAUUUUCUCCUUUCGAGACACAUAUAGGAACUUGACGCUGAAGUUUGUCAAUGCUAUCAGAUGGAUCAAGAGCGAAUGCAGCCUACCAGGUGCCCGAUCCGUGGUCAAAGUUGACGACGAUGUAUGGGUGAACAUGCCGAUGUUGCAAAGGUAUAACUCACAGCUAUUCGUCAAGUAUUCCGAUCGAAUUCUGUUCCUUGCGACGAUACAUUGCAUGGUGUGGCGACGCGUGAGAGUAGCGCGGAGGCUAGAGUCCAAAUGGUUCGUUUCGAAAGACGAAUAUCAUCUGCCAUAUUAUCCACCCUACUGCGGAGGACUAGCUUACAUCGUGCCUUUUCAUCUACUGCGGGCACUGGUCGAGGCAUCAUACGACGUGCCAUUUUUCUGGAUCGACGAUGUGUACGCGACAGGACUGCUCGCUCGGCAAGCACACAUAGGCCAUGCCCAGAUAUCCUCCUACUAUGCGAUGGGAGCAAACGAAAACGGAACCUCGGCUUCGAAUUGGUUGGACAUCAUGAACGUCACAUUCGGUGGCACGAACUUCAUGUUCGCCCACAUGAACUCCGACUUCCUGCGCCAAGUUCGGUUCUGGCUUUUCCGAAGCACCGACGAAAGAAAACUUGGCUCGGGUAAGUUCGACGUAUUCUGA